UCCGCCCUUAGCCGCCGGGGUCCCUAGCGGCGCGAGCGCGCGCGCGCGCAGCGAUGGCGGAGGCGGUGGAACGCACGGACGAGCUGGUCCGGGAGUACUUGCUCUUCCGUGGGUUCACGCAUACCCUGCGGCAGCUGGAUGCGGAGAUCAAGGCGGACAAAGAGAAGGGGUUCAGGGUGGACAAGAUUGUGGACCAGUUGCAGCAGCUGAUGCAGGUGUAUGACUUGGCUGCCCUUCGGGAUUAUUGGAGCUACCUGGAGCGCAGGCUCUUCAGCCGUUUGGAGGACAUAUAUCGACCCACCAUCAACAAACUGAAAACCAGCCUGUUCCGCUUUUAUCUUGUCUAUACGAUCCAGACAAACAGAAAUGACAAGGCACAGGAAUUCUUUGCCAAGCAGGCCGCGGAACUCCAGAACCAGGCUGAAUGGAAGGACUGGUUUCUUCUGCCCUUCUUGCCGUCUCCAGACACCAACCCCACCUUUGCUACCUACUUUUCUCGGCAGUGGGCUGACACGUUCAUCGUCUCUCUGCACAACUUCCUGAGCGUCCUCUUCCAGUGUAUGCCUGUCCCCGUGAUCCUGAACUUCGAUGCGGAGUGCCAGAGGACCAACCAGGUUCAAGAAGAAAAUGAAGUUCUGCGUCAGAAGCUUUUUGCAUUGCAAGCUGAAAUCCAUCGGCUCAAGAAGGAAGAGCAGCAGCAGGAAGAGGAAGAGGCCUUGGUCCAACACAAACUCCCACCUUAUGUCUCCAGUAUGGACCGCCUUGGGGACUCGGAGCUAGCCAUGGUGUGCAGCCAGAGGACUGCCUCCCUCUCCCAGUCGCCUCGAGUGGGCUUCCUGUCCUCACUGCUACCUCAGAGUAAGAAGAGCCCUUCAAGGCUGUCACCUGCCCAAGGCCCCCCUCAGACUCAGAGUUCAGCCAAGAAAGACUCUCUCAGCAGUCAGGCUUCCAAGGGCAAGGACGCAGUGCCCGGGGCCAAGGAUGGGAAGAGCCUUCUGAGCGGGCCAGCACCUGGGGAGGCCAGCUGGACACAUCAGCGCCAACGGCGUCUGCAGGACCAUGGCAAGGAGAGGAGGGAGCUGCUCUCCACCUCCUCCUCCCAGUGCACAGAGAAGAAGCCGGAAGGCAGCGGCCCGGAAGCUGAGCCCUGCCUGGAACUCCACACGGGGCCAGUAGAACCGCUGGCCCGGGUGUCCACAGCAGGCUCUGAGGGAGGCCGCCCCGAGCAGCCCUUCAUAGUGCUGAGCCAGGAGGAGUAUGGGGAGCACCAUUCAUCCAUCAUGCACUGCAGAGUGGACUGCUCUGGUAGGAGAGUCGCCAGCUUAGACGUAGAUGGGGUCAUCAAAGUGUGGUCCUUCAACCCCAUCAUGCAGACCAAAGCAUCCUCCAUUUCUAAGUCACCGCUGCUCUCUCUGGAGUGGGCCACUAAGCGAGACAGGCUGCUCCUGCUGGGCAGUGGUGUGGGGACUGUGCGUCUUUAUGAUACAGAAGCCAAGAAGAACCUCUGUGAAAUCAACAUCAAUGAUGACAUGCCCAGAAUCCUGUCUCUUGCCUGCAGCCCAAAUGGGGCUUCUUUCGUCUGUUCAGCUGCAGCUCCGAGCCUCACCUCCCAGGCGGACGCCUCGGCCCUGGAUAUUGGCAGCAAAGGCAUGAACCAGGUUCCUGGCAAGCUGCUGCUGUGGGACACAAAAACCAUGAAGCAGCAGCUUCAGUUCUCACUGGACCCAGAACCCAUCGCCAUCAACUGCACAGCUUUCAACCACAAUGGGAACCUGCUGGUCACAGGGGCGGCUGAUGGUGUCAUCCGGCUCUUUGACAUGCAGCAGAACGAGUGUGCCAUGAGCUGGAAGGCCCACUCCGGGGAGGUCUACUCGGUGGAGUUCAGCUGUGACGAGAACGCCGUGUACAGCAUCGGCGAGGACGGCAAGUUCAUCCAGUGGAACAUCCACAAGAGUGGCCUCAAGGUGUCUGAGCACAGCCUCCCCUCAGAUGCCACUGGUCCCUUCGUCCUGUCUGGCUACAGUGGCUACAAGCAGGUCCAAGUUCCCAGGGGCCGACUCUUCGCUUUCGACUCAGAGGGCAACUACAUGCUGACAUGCUCUGCCACGGGAGGCAUCAUCUACAAGCUGGGCAGUGAUGAGAAAGUUCUAGAAAGCUGCUUGAGUCUGGGUGGCCACCGGGCCCCUGUGGUCACAGUGGACUGGAGUACUGCCAUGGACUGUGGGACGUGCCUCACAGCCUCCAUGGAUGGCAAGAUCAAGCUGACCACCCUCCUAGCCCACAAGCUCUGAUGCCCUGCCUGGAGCGACACACUGGAGACAGGAUUGUCCCCGGUGGGAGAGAGUGAGACAGAACGUGACGGUGCUUCUGGCUCCGCAUUGUCAGCGCUGUGGAUCUUCAGGGAAAGACUGCCGAGGGGCCCGGCCAUCCGGCUGCAGCUGCUGGCGGAGGAGUCUACGGAGCAGGCUGUGCGUGCUUCCUAGAGACUUGAACCGUGGCUAGAGCGGGGCACGCUCCAGAGCACAGGAUGAACGAUGAGGAGGGAGCCAUAGUGGUGCCCGCCAUGCUCGUGGUCCAAGAGGAACUGACAGUAUUUUGUACAUAACUGCUUCUUUUCUUUCUUUCUUUCUUUUUUUAAAGGAAAAAAAAUGAGAGAGAGAGAGAGAUAAUGCUCUUGCAGUCACUUGGUGUCUCUUUCUAGAAUGUCUGAGUCACCUGGGCCUGGUGAUAGCCAUGGCUUCCUGCCUUGGUUCUUGUACCUCAGCUCUCACCCGCCUCUGCUGCCAUGUUGCUGACGGAACCACAUUAGGUUCCCUGUGGCUUUGUCAGAGUUGAGAUGUGGACUACAAUACCAUCUUCUGGGCUCAGGCCGAGAUCAGUGUGUCUUCUGCUGAACUGGAAAGCUGUUGCCUUUGGUUAAGAGGGUUCUUUAGACAAGAGCGGGGCCUGAGGUCUGGGCCUCCAGCUCCCUCUCCCUCAGGGUCUUCUGGUCCCACGCUCUCAUGUGGUGGCUCUCUCAUUCGUCCAGCUUGAGGUCCCUGAGCUUGGAUAAUACCAGCCACCUGCACUCGGCUUCACCGAGCCUGGACCAGCUCUAUCUGUACCCCUGCGCUCUGUCCCCUCAUUUGGGAGGACCGUGAAGAGGCAGGUUCCUGCAGAGUGUGGAGGAACAAAAGUCCCCUCUGUAGUCAGUCCUACAUCCUACUGCUGAGGCCAGCCUCUCGAAGGAGCCACUGGAGGGUCAGUGAGCCCGGGCCUGGGACUCCCACAUGUGGCAGGGGUGACCUUGUUACCUACCUAGGGAAUGCCAGUUCCAUGAACAGUGACUGUUUGGAACAAUCAUUCGAUAGCUUCUUUGGGCUCCAGGCUAGUUGUGGGGUAACUCCCAGGUGCCUCCAUUGGGAAAAGCAGCAGGUAUACUGUGGCCUUGGCUCCCUUCUCGGGCAGAAGGAAGAAUAGAAAGCGAUAUAUAGAAAGACCAGAGUAGUGGUUAUCUAUUUAUUAUUGGUGUGUGUGUGGGGGGGCGUAUGCCACAGCAGAGGUCAGAAGACGACUUGGUAGACUCGAUUCUCCAUCCACCUUUAUGUGGGUUUAGGGGGAUCAAACUCAGGUGGCCAGGCUGCAUGGCCAGGGGCUUUACCUGCUGAGCUAGCUCAUAGUUAUCUCUUCUUACCCAUUUUCACACUGUCAUGAAUAGAUUCUUUCCGGGCUAUUUCUCCAUUUGGGCUUGGACACAGCCUCAUCUAUUUCAUCUGGAUUCACGGUCCUGGGUUUCAUUUGAGUCAAGAGCCCAUGUUUAACUUUUCCUCCCAAAGUUUUUCUGUCUUAGGAUAUGUUCUUUCCUCUCGGCACCCCCCACAGCUUGCUGAAGCGAUUUUAAGGCUCAGAGACAGAGAAACACCCCCAAAUCUGUCCUUCCCUGCCCUACCCCUCCCAGGAAGAGCACUCAUUCUCAAAGCAUUUGGAACGGACCUUUUCCUUCAAAGCACCUUUUUUUGGAAUCCUUAGGAGCCUUAGUAAGUAAGGCUCCCUCCUCUGCUGUCUUGGGUGGAGGCGGCGUGAAGCAACAACCACGGAGGCAGGCUACACCACAGACUCUGAGCCACUUUUCCAGGGCUUGAGAACCUGGCCCGCCAGGUGCAAAUCCAUAUUUCCCAUCCAUGUGCUCAGGGACCUAUCUCUGCUCAGCCCCAAGCCCAGCCCCCUUGGUGUUCAAAUGUCCAGGAGCUCGGCACGAGGUCUGGAAGUACAGUAAUAAAUACAUUGCAGGCUGACUAAAUGAAGCUAACUCACGUUUGUUACUAUAUCCAAUAACCACGUACAGUUUAUCUUUCAUUUUAAAAAUAAUAAAAAACUCAUGUUGACUCCA